AUGGCAGCUAACAGCGGCGCGAUGGCCUUGUACUUGCUUGCGCUGUGCCAUGUGGCAUGGGCGACAUUCUGCUGGCUCAUGUACCGCUUUCAUGUCGACGCUUCGACAGGUGCUCGGACGAUGUAUUCGCAAGCGUGGGAAGUGGCUACCCUUGCAGGUCUUUUGGCAUUAUGGAUGAUCCCUGGGCCAUUUCGACAUAUGUUGCGGACAUGGAAUCGGACACUGGUCCGUUUGCUGACGCCGUCGCUUCAUGUGUCGGUUUCAUUUACUGAUGUGGUCGCAGCUGACAUCCUCACAUCAUUCGCCAAGGUGCUGGGCGACGUAUGGAUAUCAUUGGUUGUGCUCACUUGCUUUCUGCUCGGUCGGCGAGCUGACGAUUCAGUUCUAUUGCGAGCAGAAAUGAGCAUCGCGGUCCCAAUGUUAAUCAGUGUGCCAUAUUUGAUUCGCUUGCGUCAGUGUUUGUGCGAAUAUGUGGUGUCGAGUCAGAGACCGCGACGUCCACUGUAUAAUGCACUCAAGUACCUUUCAUCGCUACCUGUGAUCUGGCUAAGGGUGACUCCGACGCUCCUUCACGCAAGCCCCGCCCUCUCACGCAUGUUCAACUGGAUUUGGUAUGUAUGUGUACUUGUAAAUACGCUCUUUUCGUUCUGGUGGGACGUUACGAAUGACUGGGGCCUGGAUCUGUUGCAGAUCCAUUCUUUCCGCGCGAUGGUGGCUGAGCCACGUGCGCACUUGCCAGUUUUGCAUCGUCGCUCCAGUGUCAUCGACACGGAUCUUACGAGUUCUGCGCCUCCCAGCAUCGAUUUUCGUAGUCCUGUGUCUGGCGACCCCACUGGCGACACCGGAACUGGCGGCAAUGCGUUUGUACGCAGACACACCCGCCGCGCGAGUUUGCUCCGCCGACCCGAGAAGCCAUUGCCACUGCCAACCACUGUGUACUGGGUGUUUUUGGUGGUCAAUCUAUUCUUGCGCUUCACAUGGUCGCUCAAGCUCAGUUCACACUGGCAGUUCCUUGUGGAGUGGCAGCGUGGCUUGUUGCUUCUUGAAGCGUUGGAAAUUGUCCGUCGGUCUGUGUGGGUCCUGCUGCGUGUGGAGUGGGAACUUGUGCGUCAAAGUCCUUCGGAACUCUGA